CGGAACCGGAAAUACGUAGUAUGCUGCGUACUUACACAUCCGCGGCGCUGUUUUGUUUGUAUUAAUGAAUGUUUAAGCGGUAUUUGGAAACACUGCGAGACGGCCUGGCGUACAGGUCCAGUGCCUAUCCCCCUACAGUAGGAGGGUGAUUUUGGAAGGGUGAGAGACUUUCCCUGGCGUUCAAAACGGAGCCGCCAACAACGCUCGCGUAACAAUGAGCUCGGGACAGCCGAGCGACAAUGAAGGUCCCGAAGAGCCGCGCGCCGUCGGUGUCCGUGAGCUGGACGACGAUCCGCUGCACGAGGAGGAGGAAGACACCGAUGAGGACCGGGCUUUAACGAGACCCGCAUCACCUCAAGCGGGCCGCAAGAGUGCCGGUGAUUCGGGCAGCUCGAGGCUCGAGUUGGCCGGGACGGGAAGGGUCUCGAGCGACUCGCUGUUCUCUUGGAUCUCUAGGAGGACUAUACGCACGGGGCCGUAUGUAGACCCAGCGCGCGAUCAUUUUCGUAUCAUGACACGGCUUUAUUCGUCCAUGAGUCCGGCCACGGAUUCGGUCAAUCUCAGUACACAGACGCACGGAGCUGUCUUUAACCUGGAGUACUCACCGGACGGGUCGGUUUUGACGGUUGCAUGUGAACAGACAGAGGUGCUGCUGUUUGACCCGGUUUCUUCCAGACAUAUCAAAACGCUGGUGGAGGCUCAUGAGGACUGUGUCAACAACAUAAGGUUUCUUGACAACCGGCUGUUCGCGACCUGCUCUGAUGACACCACUAUUGCACUGUGGGAUUUGCGAAAACUCAACUCGAAGGUGUGCUCCCUUCAUGGCCACGCCAGCUGGGUCAAGAACAUAGAGUAUGACACACACACACGCCUGCUCGUCACAUCUGGAUUUGAUGGAAAUGUCAUUACCUGGGAUACUAAUAGGUUCACAGAAGACGGCUGCCCCCACAAAAAGUUUUUCCACACACGCUAUCUAAUGCGGAUGCGUCUGACUCCAGACUGCAGUAAGAUGUUGAUCUCCACCUCCUCUGGUUACCUGCUCAUCUUACACGAUCUUGACCUGACCCAGAGCCUUGAGGUCGGCAGCUACCGCAUGUUACGGGCCCGCAGAGCUCCACUCGGUACAGAAGGUUCAUCAGCAGGUUCCAGGUCAGGAGGUACUCGUCACACCACUGACGGCAAAGCUCAUCCGCACAGAGAGGGUUUAUCACCGAGGAACAGUCUAGAGGUUUUAACCCCAGAGAUCCCAGGUGAGAGGGACCGGGGGAACUGCAUCACCUCCUUGCAACUCCAUCCUAAGGGCUGGGCCACACUGUUACGUUGCUCCAGCAACAUGGAUGACCAGGAGUGGACGUGUGUAUACGAGUUUCAGGAGGGAGCGCCACCUCGACCCCCUGUGUCUCCUCGCUGCUCUCUGCGUCUCACGCACUACAUUGAGGAGGCAAACGUUGGCCGCGGCUACAUUAAGGAGCUGUGCUUCAGUCCCGACGGCAGACUCAUUUGCUCGCCGUACGGUUACGGUGUACGUCUGCUGGCGUUCGACGAGAACUGCGCGGAGCUGGCAGAUUGCAUGCCCGUACGGACGGCUCUGCUGCGCGAGGUCCGCUCCAUUUACUCUCAUAGCGACGUGGUGCUCACCACAAAGUUUUCACCCACUCAUUGUCAGCUGGCGUCGGGGUGUCUCAGUGGACGUGUAGCACUGUACCAACCACACUUUUAACCAUGAACAUUAACGAAUUGACUAGAAUUUGCAUUCAUUGUGGAACUAUAUCCUGGACUUUGUACCUGUUACAAAUGGGAAAAGCAUUUGACCGAUCAGACAAAUGUUGAUGGUUGAUAAUGGGAGAAGGAUGCUUAAGCCGAAUUGUGUGAUUUCUAGGGGGUCACAGCAUUGUGGAUACAUGUGUCAAUUUUAGAUGUAUUGUUCUUUACACUGUGUAAACACUAUAAGUUAAAAACGUAUGCAGUAAGGAAAGAUGAUGCAUUAGUGGAGAUGAAUGUUAGAUGAUUGUGAAAUAUGUUUCUUGUUUGUUUGUUCAUUCAUGCAGUAACGGCUUAAGCCAAUCAUUUACAUGCAAGUUUUACUUAACUGUAACCAGUUCAAACUGGUAUUGUUGUAGGUGGGCAAUUUUUGCAUUUUGCCAAGUGUUUUAGUCUUUGCCAUAUCUUUUUUCCCAAUCUUUUUCUUGUAAGUGUGUUGUUUUUCUUACUAACUCUUUGUGUUUUUUACUUUCGGUAGCCUGCUUGUUCUUAACACUAACUUAAGGCGUGUGUGCGUGUGCAUGCGUGCGUGCGAACACAAUUACUACUGACUGGUUGGUCUGAAUGGUCAUGAAAUGUUCAUCAUUUUUUCCAUAUGCUUCUGGACUCUACAAGGACAAUCAACAGUCACGGCUUAAUCCCAGAAAGCUGUGAUGCUCACGACACACUCCGCUCAAGAUUACUUAACUCUGGACCUGAGAACAGUGGGAUGUAGCAGUUUGAUGCAGGUUAAACUGACAAAUGAGUGUUUUAUACCAUGGGAGAUCCUGAAUUAAGCGUUUUCAGAAUUAAGAAGAGGAAAAACUGGAUGGUCAGCAUUUUGGGGAUUAAUAUAAGUGAUUCCUUCUUCAUGAGUUUAUAUUAGAGUGAUCGCCCCCAAGAAAUGUGAUAUUAGAAUGCAGAGUGAAUAACAGUGAAUGUUAACUUUGCUCUCUUUAGCCAUGAUCAUCAUAUGAUUUGUGUUACCAUUACUAAGGAUGCAGUGGUACAGAUAUAUUAAAUAAUAAAGAAUGUUUUUCAUGAGCUCUGUUUGACAUUGGAAGAAAAAUGCUGUAAACGAAGGAGUUGGGAUCUGUUUAGGCGAAAGUUGGGGAAAUGUAUUAGUAUACUU